AUACAAGAAGAAGAAGAAGGUACCACAGUCAACCCUUAAGGAAAAAACAAACAAACAAAGAAGAGACGUGAACAAGGAAGUGAUCGAGGACCUUCAGAAGCAUGAGAUUGCUCCUUUAAAGUCCUUUCUGUUGUUUGUACGUGUCUCUUCUGAAGUGUAGUUGAACUGCAAUGGCUGUGAGCGUCCUUACGGUCAGUACGGAAAGCCGGAAGGAGUUACGGUGUUAAAAGGACGGGCUGUUGAGGAGCUGCUGUUUUGACAGCUGGGUUUAUCCUCCACUGUCUCUCUGAGAGGAUCAGUCUGCCACAAACUGAGCUUCAAACUACAAACAGAAGGAUCCACUAUAUGUUGUGGGGAACCUGCGGGGCUGACUUUAAAGAAACGCUUUCCACUGCUCGGCAGCCAUGGCGUCAGCCCGGCUGAAGUACCUCUCCCUGGGCGUGCUGGUGUUUCAGACCACCUCGUUGGUGCUCACUAUGCGGUACUCCCGCACCCUGCAGGCCGAGGGCCCGCGGUACCUGGCCUCCUCAGCCGUGGUGGUGGCCGAGGUCAUGAAGAUCCUCGCCUGUGUGCUGCUCGUUUUCAAGGAGCACAGUUACAGCAUCCGAGCUCUGAACAGCAUCCUGCGGCAGGAAAUCCUUCACAAACCCGUCGAUACGCUGAAACUGGCCAUCCCGUCUGGGAUUUACACGCUGCAGAACAAUCUGCUGUACGUCGCCCUGUCCAACCUGGAUGCUGCCACAUACCAGGUAACGUACCAGCUGAAGAUCCUGACCACCGCCUUGUUCUCCGUGUCCAUGCUGGGCCGCAAGCUGGGUGUCUACCAGUGGCUCUCCUUGUUGGUCCUAAUGGCUGGAGUAGCUCUUGUGCAGUGGCCCUCUGAGUCUGCCGCGGCCCCAGAGAAGGAGGCCCUCUCUGCAGGCUCCCAGUUCGUCGGGGUCACAGCAGUCCUGGUCGCGUGCUGUUCCAGCGGGUUUGCCGGUGUCUACUUUGAGAAGAUCCUAAAGGAGAGCAAACAGAGCGUGUGGGUCCGCAACAUCCAGCUCGGGAUGUUCGGCCUCGUGUUUGGCCUUUUUGGGAUGCUAGCCUACGAUGGGGAGAGGGUCAGGGAGUCGGGGAUGUUUCAGGGAUACAACACAAUCACCUGGACUGUCGUAGCCCUGCAGGCGCUGGGUGGUCUGGUCAUAGCAGCGGUCAUCAAGUAUGCAGACAACAUCCUGAAAGGCUUUGCCACGUCACUCUCCAUCAUCCUUUCCACUCUUAUAUCCUACUUCUUGCUGCAGGACUUUGACCCCUCAAGUGUGUUCUUCCUCGGGGCAGUUUUGGUCAUCGCCGCCACUUUCCUGUAUGGCUAUGAAGGCAAGCCACCCGCCAACCCCAGCAGGGCAUAGGCGGACUCAACAGCGGCAUUAGGAGGUCCUGUUGAAGCCUCAAGAUUGCGUGGAGGAGAAAUGACAGAGAGAGUGGUGAGGGGAUGGAAGAAGGGGAAGUCAUCGCAUAUUGUAAGCUGGGAAAGGAAAGGCAAGCACAACACUGUGGUUGGACUCACACCGAAAGUGCCUCACUUCUGAAGGAGAAGCAAUAUGAGGAAAAAAAAGAAAACUCGAGUGUGUUUUUCUUUCCUCUCUUUUUACUGGAGCAGAGAUCCUGCACCAGAGUGCAGAGUCCUGGCUGCCACGUCUACAAGAAAAGGACAGAGUGAUUAUGUUCAUGAAGGACCAGUUUGACAACCAGUAACUGUUAACUGCCACGUCAGACACACCCAUGCAGUAAAUGAUUGCAGAGGAAGAGGGCUCCUCUUCAGCCACAGUAUUUAUUGCUCGUUUUGUCCAUGUUCGUGUUUACCUUCUGGAAGCAAACGUUCAGCCCUGAUGUGAGACAUUGUUUUUCACACCAGUAAACUCUGACAGGUAAAAUAACUUUGACUGAAAUGCUCCAGUGUAGUUCAGCUGUUGCGACCUUUACGGAGACUUGAAAUAUUAAUGCCCUUCACACUUUAUGGCACCCUUAAUAAAUAUGGGGAAAAAAAGGUUUAACAUAAAUGAGACUAAUUUUUCUCUGAGCAAGUUUUAAAAAUCAACCCUUUAAUUUAAGCGGAUUUAUUAGAGAAAAAAAUCCUACAUUAUUUUUCUAAAAUCCCUAUUAUUCAAUUUAAAAAUAAAUGCAAUCCUUUAUGUUUCCAUGACAUUUUAAUAUGACUUUACACUGAUGCCCUUUUCUUUAAGCCACUCUUCAAAAUGGGAAACACUGGAAAACAUGUCAUUCAUGGAAGACACCUAUGUGAUGAUCUUUAUCAGUUGCUAAAAGGCUUGUAGAAAGUAGCUUCUUGCUAACAUAAUAAAUAAAAACAAUAAUUAAAAAGAUUAAAUCAGCUGGGACUGGAAUGAACAAGGCUGUACUUUUAUUUUACCACUUUAUUGUCUAAAAGCAAUCUCUUUGACAUCAUUAAGCCUUUUUAUACUACAGUCACAAGCACAAACAUAGUUUGCUAAAGUCUCCCGGGAUUAAAAUUGAAACCUUGUGGCCCCCAGAUAAACCAGAUGAGACUGGGGGUUUUCCACUGCAAAUGUUGCAGGGGUGAAACAGAAGAUAUAAAUGUUGAAAAGCACCUCAGGAUCUGUGAUGCUGUGGGCCUGUUUCGCUUUUAAAGGGCCUGGGAACCUUGUUAGCAUGCAUAGCAUCAUGGAUUCUACCAGUGAACUGGAAUUAGGUCAACAUCAGAUCUUUCAACAGGUUAGUGAUGUUAACCAUAUGGUCAUAUGAACACAGAGAUGGUUCACCAAAAAGACAAGCUUUCUUCUUUAUGCCCAGCUCCACAAACCUAAAACCUGUAGAAAACCUGUUUGGAGAGCUGAGAAGAAGAAAGCAUAAGGGAGGACCCAGGGCGAUCUAGAGAGAUGACCUCUCUCUGUAUGCUUCAGCCUUCAGGAAGUGAUGCCCUUUUGGUAAAAGGCGGGUUCAACGUAUGAACAGCAGGGGUGGAAACAAUGAGUUUGUGAAAAACUAUUAUUUUGUAACAUUUCCCACUGAAGACGUUUACUUGAAUCAAAGGUUAGAUUUCUCAAAAUCUCCUUCAUUUGAGGGCUUUUUACGUAUCUUCACCAGGGUGCCAGUCAGGAUGAAAGGUGCUUUAUACACGUUUGAGGAGAUGAGUCUUAAGACACUAGUGGUUGCAGCGAUCCUACCUUAUGUUUUCUAAAUGAUGGCUUUCUUUCUUCAGCUACACUCAGUAAAAGGUCUUUGUCACCAUACUCGGAGGGGUUCAGUGACAGGAGAGUUACCCUGACAUUCUCAGCCAGCUGGAUUUAGCUGUAAAUGGACUGAAUUUAUAUAGUGCUUUUCCAGUCAUACAGACCACUCAAAGUGCUUUACACUAGCGCCACAUUCACCCAAUCGCACUCACUAACGCUCACACAUUCAUACACCGAUACGCAGAUCGGUAGGCAACUUGAGGUUAAGUGCCUUGCCCAGGGGCACAUCGACAUAUGGCAGGAGGAAGCUGGAAUCAAACCCACGACUAUUUGGAAUAAAAUGUUUCAUUAUUGAAUGAACCCAACAGGUUCUGUAACACCAUUUAAAGGAAAACCUGGUGAUUUAAUGAAUUAUGGAACGUGGGAAAAGCAACCUGAAUCAGUCUUUUGUUUUAGGCUUAGGUUUACAUUGUUUCUUUAGACCAAUGAUGAUGGAAAGCUCUUAUGUUUUGGAGGUAUAUUCUGCUGUGGCUGAACAAUCAAAAACUGAAUCUGCUGAGGGUAUUUAUGAUUUAAUGUUUGUUGGCUUUUUGUUUUGUUUUUCUGAGCUACUUUGGGAUAAAGCGGGUAUAAUUAUUACGUUUAUUUUAAUUGUCCACAUGUGAAGCUUUUAUAGAAGGACACAGUGUCUAACUUAAGAGUGUGGACUACUGUGUGGCUCCUGUUUGAACUUUCCUGCUGUGCUACACAUAUGAACAGGUAUAUUCAGACUGGAAUGUAUUAAAACACAUUAUACUGGUGACAGUCUAGUGGGAUUUUUCUGUUUUUGUGUUGACAAUCAGGAAGAAAUUAAAGGUGCUGCUUAAAUGCUU